AUGCCGAAUAUACGCGAUACCGGCAUUAUCGCGCGAUUCUCGAGUCGAGUCAGUUCUAAAGAAAGACCAAGCAGUUGGUUGGGGAUACGGUGGCUUGGCAUCUUAUGGCUCCGACAGCGAGGGAGAAGAGAGACUAAGCAAACUACGCCCCCUCCCAAAACUGGCGACUCCAAAUCAUCCAAUGGUUCUCUGGGCUCUUCACUUGCUCUUCCCCCUCCAAAGAAAAGGCGAGAUGGCCCCGUGCGGAUUACUGUCGAGGCACCGAAAUUCGAUGACGCCGACGACAACGACUCGGAACGGGCGCAAAAGAAACCUCGUACACUAGGCCCUGGGACGAAAGGUGCUGGAUCAUCUUCUCUUUUCUCAGCUCUACCGGCUCCCAAGAACGCAACACCUAUUCUUCCCGAACCAAAAAGAGUACUUGGUGGAGGUGGUGGGCCUGCAUUGAAUUUCUCAACAGCAAGCACUACAUCUUCCGAUACUCAGUCGACUUCAAAUGGCCUAUUCCUCCCUCCUGCUAUGGCCAAGGCAAAAGCACAAGCCAAGCCUCCUCCGCCAGCCAUUGAAUCCGCACCGUCGGUGGAUUUCUUCUCGUUAGGCUCAACAAGUGCUGCGCCGUCCAUACCAACCUCUGGUACAGCACCAAGCACAAGCUCUUCCAUAACUUUAAUGUCAGCACCGGAAGUCAAAGACUUUGAACCACCAGUACCCACCCUUUUCGAUCCAUACCCAGGAUAUUAUCAACUACCUUCUGGCGAAUGGGCCAUGCACGAUCCGAAGUAUUAUAAAAAGGUUAUUGAACAACUUACGUCAGGUCCGGACUUGCAGACUGGGAACAAGAGUGAGGCUCGCGAAUUUGCUGAUAGGUCUAAGGAGGACAUGGCUACUUUCGAUCCCAGCGAAGAACUUCGUCAAGGGCAGAUUGCAGAGUUAGAAAAGAGAAAAGCGGUCACAACGACCCCUUCAGACGCGCCUGCUGUACCUCGUAUGAAGGCAAAUUAUUCGUGGUGUUCUAUGUUUGACCACCAGACUGAACUUUUAUAUUUCAUACAGGUACAAAAAUCCACUGGACUGGCUCGUUCACGACACCAGUUGUCCACCUUGCUAACAGAAGCAUAUGCCAAUCGCGAGGCCUUGGAAGAGAAGAUUGCACAAGGCAAACGGAAUCGCAAGGAAGCUGGUUCGAAAUACGGAUUUUAA